UUGAGCUAUGGCGGAAGUUGGGGCGUACGGUUUAGCCGUAUGGGCGAUCGUUCUGAUCGGGUUUGGAUUCGCGUUUGUCACAACAAUCUUUGUGGUGAUUGUUUCGACGGUGAUGAGAAGAAUGCUGAUACGAAGUCGUCGUCCUCUAACGUUUACCGUCUAUCCUGCUGUUCCUCGCUCGCCGUCCAAACUGCACCCGUCACAUGCACGCGAUUCCGUAAUCUUGAACGACGCUGCACUGCAGAGAGAUACAGCGACGAUGCAGGAACAGAAUGGUCCCAACGGCCACGCGAUUGAGAGCAAACGAGAGGGAGAUCAAAAGGAGGACGGAGACACUGUACACAUGCACACGUUCGAAAACGCGUAUACGACUCAGACUACCACCAGUAGGGCUGCAUUCACAUCAGCCCCGACGGUAGAGAAUGCGGGGGGAAGGAUGUCUCUUGACUCCUCCGCCAGUGAGCCACCUCCUCCUCCGCGUCCACGUCCUCCGUUUUCUGAUGCUACAGUUGCCGGAUCAGACUUCGAGUAUCGCAUGCGGUAUGAGCCCAUCGCCGAGUCUGCCGCCGCCGUCGUUGUCGAGUCUCCGUCUUCGGAUACUCAGCAGUCGUUUCUACCGUCUGGCGCGCAGAGAGACUCAGUGAAGAAGAGAAAGAAGCGAACGGACUCUUCAGGGACUUCACCUCAAAGCCGGCCGUUGAGUAGAGGUAGUAUGGCGGAGAUGGCUGCUAAUGAUCAAGAGCUGGACGAAGAGUUCAAAGGUUUACCAACUGUGAAAGUUGACAGUAAGAUGCUGCCUCCAGAUGCUUAUGUAAAGAACAGAUACAGCAGUGUUCUUCCAGCACCCGAUAGUCUGGUUCCUGUACACAAUGAAGGCACAGGCUCUGUGUACAUAAAUGCCAACUUUGUUCGGGGUUACGAAGGAAAGAUGAAAGCAUACAUUGCAACUCAGGCUCCAAUGGAGAAUACCGUUGAUGAUUUUUGGUCAAUGGUGAUGGAGCAUAAUGUCUCAGUUAUCAUAAUGGUCACAUAUUUGUAUGAAUAUGGAGUGGAGAAAUGCAUUCAGUAUUGGCCAGAGAGAGGGACAACAAGGUAUGGAGACACAGAAAUUGCAAAUUUGGAAGAAGUUCAUAAAGAACACUACGUGAGGACCACACUGAAAUUGCGUCACAUUACUAAGAAGUCUGUGAAGACUGUGAGACAUUAUGCUUUCACUGCUUGGCCCGAGCACGGCAUGCCUCGCUCGUCUGUUCCCAUCAGGUCUUUUCUGCGAGACAUCAAUACAGGGUAUAGCCAAGGGCCUGUUAUUGUACACUGCAGUGCUGGUGUUGGUCGUACAGGAGUUGUGAUUGCCAUUGAUAUUGGCAUGAAAGCCAUAGAGUCAUCUGGUGCGAUAGAUGUGGUGGGAAUUGUGUCAAGUAUGCGCCAGGACAGGCCUGGUGCAGUACAGACACGAUCUCAAUAUCGAUUUGUUUAUAAGGCUCUUAGAGACCACAUGCAAGAAGAGAAGGCUGGUGCAGUGUAAUAUGUUGUUAUGUGAUUUAAUUAUAAAGGUACUGCCAUAUGCCAUAUGGCCUAUGACCUCAACCAACGAGAUUUUAUUGACGUAGUUGUUAGCUGUGCAUUAUGCCAGUAAUGGUAGCUUCGAAUUCCAUAGUUGUGUUUAUCUAUUCUUGACUUUAAUACUUCAUAAAUGUUAAAUGCUUUUGUAAGGAGGAGAUCUAAUAGUUAA